UCUAUUGUAUUGGUAAUUGCAUUAGAAAGUAGUAGUGUUGUAAACACAGAUCAAUGGAGAAACAGCUUAUUGUUACUGUAAUAAAUUAAAGUAACCAACCAUUAAAUAAUGAUGUGGUCUGAUCAUUUUUGUGCUGAUUAUAUUUUGAUAGGCUUGGCCAUGGAAUCGAUAAGGUUGUUACUGCUGUUGUCAGCUUACAUGUCGUCAGUGGAUGCACAGUUUAAUGGAUACAACUGCGAUGCGACUCAACAUAGCAGAUUUCCAGCUGAAAGAGAUAUCAACGUCUACUGUGGAGUGCAGACAAUUACAAUGAAGAUAAACUUUUGCACAGUUCUCUUUUCUGGUUAUUCAGAAAGUGACUUAUCACUUAAUGGAAAACAUGGAGACGCUCACUGCAGAGGAUUUAUAAACAAUAACACAUUUCCUGCAGUGGUGAUUUUUACCAUUACCCUGAGCACCUUGGAAUCCUGUGCAAAUAACCUAGUGGUGUCAACGCUACCUGGACUCAAUGCAUACGGGGAGGCUUCAAUGGUACAAAUAGGAAAUAUUUCCGGAUAUAUAGAUACCCCAGACCCUCCUACCAUUAUUAGUUAUCUGCCUGGACUUUUAUACAAAUUUAGCUGCAGUUAUCCCCUGGAGUAUCUGGUAAACAACACUCAGCUGGCUUCAUCUUCAGCUGCUAUCUCUGUGAGAGAUGGAAAUGGUACAUUUAUCAGCACAUUGAAUUUACUCCUUUAUAAUGAUUCAACCUACAGCCAGCAGUUGUUGAUACCAAGCACUGGACUGCCAUUGAAAACAAAAAUAUAUGCAGCAGUGAGAGCAACCAACCUUGAUGGACGGUGGAACGUUUUAAUGGACUACUGUUACACCACCCCAUCUGGAAAUCCAACUGACGACAUCAGAUAUGAUCUGUUCCUCAGCUGCGAUAAAGACCCACAGACAACAAUAUUUGAAAAUGGUAAAAGUCAGAUGGGAAGAUUUUCUUUUGAAGUGUUCCGAUUUGUCAAGCACAAGAACCAGAAAAUGUCCACAGUUUUCUUGCAUUGUGUAACAAAGUUGUGCCGAUCAGAUGACUGCCCUUUUCUUACACCUAGCUGCCAUAACAGAGAAAGGCGAGAUGUACAUACAAAGACUACAUUAGCACCCCAGGGUCUCUCUGGAAAUGCUGUUGUAUCUGCUGGGCCAAUCAUCACAACAAGUGAUGAAACUCCAACAAACAACUCCCAGCUUGCUCAACCGCAAAACCCUUCGUUCAAAAUGAACUCUGUGACCAGUGCCCUCAUCUCAGGAGUAGUUAUUCUUGGUGUCACCAGCUUUGGUUUUUUCAUUAUUUCUCUUGUCCUCUUGAACAGAAGGAAAAACAACAGCUUGGUUUUAUGUGGCGUACGAAACCCAGCUUUCAACCAAUGAAAAAAAUUGCACUCUUUUUUUAAAUAUAAAUUUAAAAUCUUUGUGUACUGAAAAUGUACAGUGUAUGGAUGUUUCAUUAACAUGUUACAAUAUCAAGCUAAUGCUUUUUUUAAAGUUUUUAUACUUAGCAUGUGCACUGUAUUAAUGAAUGCAUUGACUGAGAAGCAAAUAUAGUUUAAGUAACAGAUGUGAUUUAUCAAUUAAUGUUGAACGUGUUUUGCCUGAGCUUUUUAUCUGUCUACACUACAGCCUGCCUAAACUAAGGAAUGUUUUGAUUAACAACAACAUGACAUAUCCUUAUAUAUCAGACAUUCCUUGGUAUUUAUGAAAAGUAUUUAUUAUAUGUCUGUACGAUGUUAAUUACAGUAACACUUUUAUCUGUUAAAGGGUUAUCAUAAUAAUUUUUAUUAAAAUGUCAGGUAUUUUGUUUUUUUAGUAAGCCUGUAUUGAAGUUUUAGAAACAUAGCCAUUAUAAAUUGUAACGGAUGUAUUAACUCUAGAUAUAUAGUUUGCCUCUGUUCUUGCAAAUGUACAUUAUACAUCCAAGCCUUUUUUUUUUGCCAGAUUCACAAAAUUCUCAUAUCUUAGAGCCCUUUCACCAAGAACACUACUUUGUUAGACAUUUUUUACUAAUCUAAAUGCAGACCAUAGCUUUUAGUGGGCUUGCACAUACAUGCACAUAUAUAAUAGUAAAUUAGCAAUGUGUUUAAAUUGGUAUAAAAAAAUUGUAUUACUCAGUUAUUUUGCAUAAAUGCAAAUAUGUGCAAAUGAUUGCAUAAAUCAUACCUCCCCUACUAAACAUUGUGGAAUACAUUUUUAUGCAGGUAAACAUGUACACUCCAUGGACCAUAUUCCCAUUUUUUGGGCAAGACUGACGGGGAAAUCCAGGAUUUAUAAAUCAGCAUGCAAGGACUCGCUUAAAAAAAAAAGUUUUCCGAAACACAUUCUGACUAGCAUCUAUUCUCACCCUCUGGUCGGAGCAACCCUGCAUGCCUUUGAUAGGGCGUGCAAAGUACACUCGCUUUUGAAUACAUACCGCCUGUCAGGGGUAACCCGAACUUUCCCCCUGGUAUGGAAAGAGCCUUCCUAGCAGCAGAAUGGCCUUACGCAGACAUGCAGGCCAAGCUUUUUUUUCCAGAGGAAGGUUUCUCCGCCAGGGUGAACUUGCAUCCUUGUUCAAAACAAAGUCUUUCCCCUUUUGGGCCUAUUUCCAAUUGAAGCAUAUCCUGGACAGUCCUGCGAAUAGAGAGCUUUUCAAAAUCCUCCACUGUGUUGGAAUCGCUGUGUUCCAGUUCCCCUCCCCAGAGUCACCUAAUCUCAGGGCUUUAUGCCACAAUGUUUGGGGAGCCUUACGCUUCACUAAGAUCGAAGCAUGCCUAUUGGGAAGCUGAACUGGAUACAGCAAUUGAUGAUGCUGCUUGGGAUCGAGUAAAUUUGUACGUCCACAAGGGCUCCCUGAACGUCCAUACUCAGGAGAACAGCUACAAAAUCAAAACGAGGUGGUACAGAACACCGGAGAUAGUCCACAAAUUAAUCCCGGCAGUGUCAGACCAAUGCUGGAUAUGUUAGCAGGAUCUGGGCACGCUCCUCCACAUCUGGUGGGCGUGCCCAUUGAUUCAGCCAUACUGGCACAAGGUGCAUGAAGUGGUGAAUGAGAUAUCCUUGCUUGCUUUGGAGUUCUCAACAGCGCAGUACCUACUCCAUCUCUCAAAAAUUCCCUGCAAGAAAUACUACAGAUCACUAGCUAUGCAUAGGAUCAAUGUUGCCAGGCUUUGCCUACCAGUCCACUGGAGGUCCAAGUUGCCCCCUUCCACUAAAGAAUGGGUGUUGAGGGUUAACCAGAUGGCAACAAUGGAGGAGUUGAUUUGUACCGCCCAAGACAGAAUAGCACAUUUUUCGGUAACAUGGGCACCUUGGCUAGAAUACCGAAACUUGCAUCAGUUUUCCGAGACAAUCCUUGAAAGGCGUACUAGGGGUCACUAAACCUCUCACAUCAUUGGGGGUUUACUGGGGGGGGCAGUUGGUGGCGAUUCCACCCCCUCCUCACAUAUUCCCCCUGCAGUGCCUCCCUCAUCUUCUAUUCUCCUCUCUCCCUCAACCUGCUCUUGUUCCCCUACUUUUCUCCCCUCUUUCUUUUUCCGUUUUUUUUGUUUGUUUGCUUUAUGUUGCAAAAUAUGGGUGGUCAAGUCCCGACAUAGUUGUCGGGCACUACUCUUACUCUUUGCAUGUUACUUAGUACUUACAACAGCCUUAUUGAGUACCUUGACUGGUAAUCUCCCAUCCUCGCAUGAGUCCAACGGGCCUGUAGUACACUGCACUGUAUCCUCCUUGAUAGAUGAUUCCCUGCCACUUUUGGUUCCUUAUGUGACCCCUUUUUACUUAUGAGGCCUGGAGGCAGUAUUUUUGGGCUCAUUCUUCCAUGAAUACUGAACCUUAUGCCUUCCCUUUUGUUGGAACCAUGUACUCAUACAUUUUGCUGUAUGUUUUGUAGUACUAUGUAUAUAAUCUAUGAAAAACUUUCAAUAAAACUUUUGUGGAAUACAAAAAAAAAAAAAAAAAAGCUUUCCGUUUAAAAUGGCUAAAUACACUUCAGGUGCAUGAGACCAAACCUAUAGUUCUCCAAUUAGCAGGGAGCAUGAGCUUUGCCGAUUGCCCAACUAUAGGGUUAACUCAGCACAGCGUAUUAGCAGGAGGCAGGCUGUGCUACACAGGCUGUAGCUGCUUUCUGAAGAAAUAUUAAACUGAAAUUUUUUGUUUUUCAUGACUUGGAAUGUAUUUAUCUGUGUUAAGCUGAAAGUUACAAUUGGAUUUUAAAGUAGAUGGCUCUAUUUUGCAAGAAAGUAUAUAGAAUGUUUCCAUAUUAAGCAUUUUGAUAGUACCAGAAGUAAACUGAAAGUAUAUAGGAACUACCAUUAAAUAUUUAUAUGUUGCAUAGUGUGUCAAACAAUACCAAUCUCAAAAUACAAAAUAAUUUAACUUUCUAAAAGGAAACAGAAUGACCCCUGCUCCUCAUACUCUAUUGGUUGGCUUAUUUGUCAGCUUCUUGCAUAAAACAGAUGCAAAGAGUGAUCAGGGGGCUGGCUAUGAACAGAUGCAAUAUCAAGAACAAAUGGCAUGUUCUUGUUAUAUAUUCAGCUGCUGUUGGAAUAUUAGGACUCCACACAAUGUAAUUUAGAUGACAUACUGAACAUUAAUAGCUUAAAGAGCAACUCCACUUUUGUUGAGGAAAAAUAAACAUUCCCCUCUGGUGAUAUAUGUACAUUGCAAGCAUUUUAACAAACUUUGUUGAAGAUUCCUACCUUUGU